GGUAGUUGAGUAGCUAUCUAUUAUAAGAGGAAGUGGCUGGAUAGUAUUCAACUAAUGCAUACUAAAAUGGGUAAAUAUGUAUAGUAAGUUCCAAAAAUGUAAUUUAUCUAAACCUUGUUAGAAGCAUUGAAUGACCAUAUAUCAAUAAUGCAACAUGCUUGUCAAUUCAUGAAGUUCCUUGAUUAAUACGUGAUAAUUAUAGCUAUGGUGACAUUUUAUAGGUAAGAUGGGGACUUAUGAUGCCCAUAUUGCAAAAUCUGGUUGCUGUAAGCCCCCAACGGUGUGCCACCAUGUCUAUAACAAUGAGACAGUAUGGAUCCUAGGAGGAGACUUAGGAGGUGACUUGGUGGGAACUAACCAAGAUUGUUCAAUAUGGAGCAAAGAUCAAGAGCGACUAUGCUAUCAAUGUGACUCUUGCAAAGCUGGUGUUCUGGGCAGCGUCGAUAAGAGCUGGAGGAAGGUCUCUGUAAUCAACAUUAUAAUGCUAGUUCUCCUAGUGAUCUUCUAUGUGGUUGGAUUUGCUGCUUUUAGGAAUGACAAGAGGAUAGAUAAUGGUGAACCCCAAGGCGAGGCCAAGAUGAUAAAGGUUUCACCUUAGCAGGAUGCAGCUAUAAGAGAAAACAAAGACAUGAUGCUCAAUUUGUGUAGGGUAUUUGUUUUAGGGUUUCGUAUUUGUUUUUAGGCUUGUUUGUCUAGGGUUUAGUAUUUUAAUUUUGGUUUGUUUGUUUAGGGUUUAGUAUUUGAGUGUUUCUCUGCCCUUCCAGGCAGGUUGUUUGAAUUUCACUUUUAGAUUUGAGGUUUUGUAUAUCUGUAUGCGAUUUUUCUCCUCACAGACUGAUCUCUU